AUGGAGUCCUUGAUCCGUCAAUCUGCAAAGGUCUGUCCUUUUGUUCAUAAGGCUACAUCUUGUUCUCAAGGUUUGAGUCAGGUUGCUAGAACUAAUUUGCCAAAGAUGGCAAAACAGUGCCCAAUAAUGGGUAGAGCCAUUUCUGGAUCUUCUUCUAGAAGAGGUUAUGCUACUUCUUCAUCAGCUACAGCUGCUGCCACUAAUCCAACUACUUCUCAAAGCACCGAAACUGUCGUUGAUCAUGGUACUCAAGAAUCAGGUUUCGAUUACAAAGGUUUAUUCGAAACUGAAAUCGCCAAGAAAAGAAAUGAUAAGUCAUACAGAUAUUUUAACAAUAUUAACCGUUUGGCCCAUCAAUUUCCAUUAGCUCAUCGUCAAAUGGAAGAUGAUAAGGUUACAGUUUGGUGUUCUAAUGAUUAUUUAGCAUUAUCUAAGAACCAACAGGUUGUCGAUAUUAUGAAAAAGACCUUGGACAAAUAUGGUGCUGGUGCUGGUGGUACUAGAAACAUCGCAGGUCAUAACAAACAUGCGUUGAUGUUAGAGGCAGAACUGGCUGCUCUUCAUAAGAAAGAGGGUGCUUUGGUAUUCUCUUCUUGUUAUGUUGCUAACGAUGCUGUCAUCUCACUGUUAGGUCAAAAGAUUAAAAAUUUAGUCAUAUUUUCUGAUGAAUUAAACCAUGCCUCCAUGAUUGUUGGUAUCAAGCAUGCAAACACUGUGAAGCAUAUUUUCAAGCACAAUGAUUUAGAUCAUUUGGAGGAAAUGUUGAAAAUGUACCCAAAAUCAACUCCAAAAUUAAUUGCUUUUGAAUCAGUUUAUUCUAUGUCUGGUUCUGUUGCAAACAUUGAUAAGAUCUGUGAUCUAGCUGAAAAAUACGGUGCUUUAACCUUCUUGGAUGAAGUCCAUGCUGUUGGUUUAUACGGUCCACAUGGUGCUGGUGUCGCUGAACAUUGUGAUUUUGAAGCUCAUCGUGUAUCCGGUAUUGCUACCCCAAAAACUAAGACUACUAUGAGCCGUGUCGACAUGAUUACUGGUACCUUAGGUAAGUCCUUCGGUACAGUUGGUGGUUAUGUUGCUGCUUCCAACACUUUGAUUGAUUGGUUUAGAUCUUAUGCUCCAGGUUUUAUUUUCACUACCAGUUUACCACCAGCUGUCAUGGCCGGUGCUGCUGAAGCCAUCAGAUUCCAACGUUCUCACUUAGAUCUAAGACAAGACCAACAAAGACAUACCAAAUAUGUCAAGGAAGGUUUGAAAGAUUUAGGUAUUCCAGUUAUUCCAAACCCAUCGCAUAUCGUUCCUAUUUUGAUUGGUAACGCAGACUUAGCUAAGCAAGCCUCUGACAUGUUAAUGAACAAACACAAGAUUUAUGUUCAAGCAAUUAACUUCCCAACUGUCUCUCGUGGUACCGAAAGAUUAAGAAUUACACCAACUCCAGGUCAUACUAACGAUUUGUCUGACAUCUUAUUAGACGCCCUAGAAGAUGUAUUCAACAACUUACAAUUACCACGUAUUGCUGAUUGGGAGGCCCAAGGUGGUCUAUUAGGUGUUGGUGAAAAAGACUUCGUUGAAGAAAAGGAUUUAUGGACUGACGAACAAUUACAAUUCACUAACAAAGACUUGCAUCCAAACACUGCAAACCCUGCUUUCGAACAAUUGGAAGUAUCAAGUGGUAUUAAGUUAUAA